CUUUCUAAAAAUUCUCAUAACUAUCUUUUACAUUCUCAUAACAAUUUCAGGCAGUCCUUAAUGAGAUUCCGCAUUUGAGAUAUAUAAUCAAAGCCUCCAUCACAUAAACAAGAGAAGUUACUAAUCAAGAAGAUGAGUAGAAAAUUAUCCAUCUUUUAUAUUAUUCUACUUCUCUUCUUUGGAUCAUCUGCUCUGUUUUCUCCGGUCACCGGUGACCUCUCCGGCGACAGACAAGCCCUUCUCGACUUCCUCAACAACAUCACUCACCCGCGGUCUCUAGCGUGGAACGCAAGCAGCUCCGUAUGCGCCACUUGGUCAGGCGUCACGUGCGACAGAGACGGCACACGUGUCACUGCCCUUCACUUACCCGGAGCGAGUCUUAUAGGACAGAUCCCACCGGGAACUAUCAGCCGUCUAUCGGAACUUCAGAUCCUUAGUCUACGAUCCAACGGCCUACGAGGCCCGUUCCCUAUUGAUUUCUUGCAGCUUAAGAAACUCAAGGCUAUUAGUCUCAGCAACAACAGAUUCUCCGGUCCAUUACCGUCGGAUUACGCCACGUGGACGAAUCUCACCGUUCUUGAUCUGUCUAGAAACCGGUUUAAUGGUAGCAUUCCCGCGGGAUUUGCUAAUUUGACCGGACUCGUCUCGCUUAACCUAGCUCAAAACUCGUUUUCCGGUGAGAUUCCUGAUCUUAAUCUCCCCGGUCUACGCAGACUUAACUUUUCCAACAACAAUCUCACCGGAUCAAUACCAAAGUCUCUUAAAAGAUUCGGGAACUCUGCUUUUUCCGGCAACAACUUAGUCUACGAAAAUGCCUCUCCUCCGGUGAUUCCUCCUAAACAGAAAAAGAAAGAGAAAAAGGGGAUUUACAUCUCGAAACCCGCGAUUCUCGCAAUAGCGAUUGGCGUUUGCUUCGUUAUAUUCUUCCUAAUCGCGGUUCUGAUGGUAGUUUGCUAUGUUAAAAGGCAGAGGAGACCAGAAACAGAAACAGAACCAAAACCAGAGAAGUUGAGACCAGCACAGAAGAUGCCAAGUGAGAAGGAAGUUUCUAAAUUAGGAAAGGAGAAGAAUAUAGAAGACAUGGAGGAUAAGAGCGAAAUUAACAGAGUUGUGUUCUUUGAAGGAAGCAAUCUGGCUUUUAACUUGGAAGACUUGUUGAUAGCUUCUGCAGAGUUUCUAGGGAAGGGAACUUUUGGUAUGACGUAUAAAGCGGUUCUUGAAGAUUCUAAGGUCAUCGCGGUUAAGAGAUUGAAAGACGUAGUGGUGUCGCGGAAGGAUUACAAACAUCAAAUGGAGAUUGUUGGAAACAUUAAGCACAAGAACGUUGCUCCCUUAAGGGCUUACGUGUGUUCCAAGGAAGAGAAGCUUAUGGUCUAUGAUUACUACUCUAGAGGCAGUCUAUCUCUUCUUCUUCAUGGCAAGAUCGGCGAGGAGGGACAUGUUCCAUUGAACUGGGAAACAAGAUUAAGAUUCAUGAUUGGAGUAGCAAAAGGAUUAGCUCACAUACACACACAGAAGCUCGCACAUGGAAACAUCAAAUCUUCAAACGUCUUCAUGAAUUCGGAAGACUAUGGAUGUAUAUCAGAAACCGGUUUAGCUGUGUUAACCAACCCGGCUACGAGGGCUAAUGGAUCAGCCAGACGAUACCGUGCCCCAGAAGCAACCGACACAAGGAGAUCGACGCCAGAAUCAGACGUUUACGGUUUUGGAAUCUUGAUGCUGGAAACUCUAACAGGAAGAUCAAGUGUUGAUGAUUUAAAGGAAGGGAUAGAUCUUGUUGUAUGGGUGAAUGAAGUUAUUGCAAAACAAUGGACAGGUGAAGUGUUUGAUUUAGAGCUUGUGCAGACUCCUAACGUUGAAGCUAAGUUGCUUCAGAUGUUGCAGUUAGGGACAAGUUGUACGGCUAGGGUUCCGGCAAAGAGACCAGAGAUGCUGAAAGUGGUUGAGACUUUGGAAGAGAUUGAGAGGAACUGAUUACUAUAAAUUGUAGAAUUAUUAUUUUACAAGGUUUUUUGGUAUUUAUGAUUUAAUAUAUAUCAUCAGUUUGUAAAA